GGGCGGCCCGGUUUGGGGGUGAGGGGAUGGCGGGGGGGCCGCGGCUCCCACACCGAGGGCGCCCCGUCACGUGACAGAGGCGCGGUGCCUGCAGCGGGAAGUGGGGGAGGGGAAGGCCACGUGACCCGCGCUGCGGCGUGGCUGUGAGUUACAGGCUCCCCCACGCCCGUUUCCAUGACGACCGGCUCUUUCACAACCCGCUGGAAGAUAACAACGCUCGGCGGGGGGGCCCGCCCCUUCCGGCGCAGCCUGUCCAAUCAGCACAGAGGACGCCGGGAAGGUCUAUUUGAAUUCCCCGGGGGGGGCGGUACCUGGCGGCCGUUGGUGCGUGAGGCGCCGCGCCAUGGGCAGCGCGGAGGAGAGAGAUUGGGUUGAUGUUGCCAACGAUCUUCUAAGGAGUUGUCACAUAAACCAGCGCAUAAAGCGUCUCUCAGAAUGUGGUGCGGAUGUGUUUGUUCAUCUUUAUGAGUCAAUCUUAGGAGAAAAAGUACCAGAUUUCAUAGCUACUCCUAGAAGCCAAGAGGAUGAUGCACAUAAUGUACAAGCAGUAAUAGAUUCCCUGGCAUUGGACUAUUUGCAGGUCAGCUUGUCGCAUAUCACUGGUGAGAACAUUGUGAAAGGAGAAAGGGAAUCUAUCAGAAACCUCCUUGAAAUAUUCGAUGGUUUGUUAGAGUAUCUUACAGAAGAAGCCAGUGAAUCUUCUCAGAAUGGAGAUGACGCAGGUGUGCUGUCCGAUAAGGAAAUUCCAAUUGCAUCUCAACAGCAUCUGGAAAGCAAUACCUGUCAACCUGUACAACCUUCAGUAUUCUCAACAGUUGAAGGGUCCCAGUCAGAUUGUUUUGUUCCGUCUUCUGAUGUAGAUGGAUCAGAAUCCACCAGUGAAUUAAUUAGACUUGGAGAUACUGCUUACUCAUUUUCCAAAAGAGAGGAAGAAUUCCAGUUGCCUGAACUGUUACCAACGGGCAAGGACAAGGAGGUGGAAGAAUCUCAAAGCUCGGAGCCUAUUGCAGCAUCACUCAGACACUUCUCUGGAAGGGCCAUUGUAACGGAAAAGGAAGAUGGAUCAAUGGAGUCUGUUCAUACUACUGAACCUCAGGAAAAGAUUGUGGGUGCCAGUGCUACAAAACUUGGGGAGCCCAUCCAGCAAGCCAUCCCUUUGCUCCCCCCAUUUCAGCCUUCGGAAGCCAGACCUUGUUAUGCUGGAUGGAGAGAGUAUCAGCGCUCAACCAGCCAGUCAGAAUCUUGGGCUGACAGUCGAGUGCGAAUUCCUCCUCUUGAAAAGUCACUUACUCAAAAAUCUGAAGAUGUUUCUGGUAGUCUUCCUCUAUCAAGGAAAAUGCCUGUGGGAGACCAGGUGGUAUCAACUGAUGCUGAGGACAAUGUGGCAAAGUUUUCUCAGGUAUAUGGGACUUCUACAUCUGCUUCCUCUUCACAUCAGAAACUCUCACUGCACGCUGAACAAGCAACAGAGGCUCCAAGACCUGAAUCUAAAUAUCUGCCUAGAAAGAAAAGCAGAUAUGAAAGUCCUACCACAGAUUCACUUGAAGAGUCUCUUUCCCACAAAGCAACCAAGGAAAAGCUACCUGAGCAAGAACUUCAUAAAGUGUCAGAAAAGCUCUCUCGCAGGUUAAAUGAACUAGAUUCAAUGUUAAGGAGAGCUCUGGGGGGGCACAGCAGGGAGGAAGAGCUGACAGAUGACGACAAGCUGUCUCAGCACAGCGACAGCAUCAUGGAUUAUCGCCGAAGGAAAGCUGAGCGAGGCACACCACAGCUAAGGUACCCGAGCAGGUCACGAUCCCUUUCUCCAUCCUCACCCUCAUCUCAGCAUCAACUCUUUUCUGAGUUGGAAGAUCAACUUUGCAGUAAUGGAACAGGCCAAAUAGGAAAAAUACAGAGCCAGUUGCAAAAAGAAAGGGAUGAAAGAACAAAAAGAGCAAAGAUGGUUGCUAAAGCUUAUGAAGAUGAACUAAGGAUUUAUGAAGCUAGGGAGAGGCUUAGACUUUCCAAGCUCAGAGAAGUCAUCAAGGAAAUGGAACAAGAAUACAAAGAAAACAUCUUUAGAGAACCUCCAAAAAUGCCUCAGCCAGUGAAAGUUCAUUCUAGAAAAACCACACCUCGGAAUCCCAAAUACAGCCAGUGGAUUCCAAACCGAGGGACUGUGAAGCCAAAGAAAGCAGCUCCAACAAAAGUAAGAGAUGAUGGCCUCCUAUUUCAGCUACUGGAAGAGUUUCCCCACCUGCAUAUUUCCCACCAUACUAUGAAUAAGAUGUGGCGGCAGCAGCUCGCACAUACUGAACAACUUAAGGCAGCUUCUGGCAGAUCCAGACCAAAACUCCAAGAUGAAGUUCAACAAGCCCUGAAGAAGCAUGAACUUCUUGUUGCAAUUAUUAAAAAAGAUCAAGCCCAUAACAAGAGACUGCAAGAAUUUAAGCAACGUAUCGGCCGACAGAAAUGGGCUCAGAAUAAACUGAGAGAGAAACGCCAGCAAAUUGCUCGAGCCAGGAAAUAUUAUGAAGAUUACCGGGUCCAGCUGCGUGCCAAGAUGAUGCGGGCUAGGACACGGGAAGAAAGGAUAUUUAAGAACUUAUUUGAAGAAGGCUUAGAAAUUCAGAAGCAAAGGCUGAAGGACCUGAGAGCGUACGCACAGGAGAAGCGUGCUGAGCAAAGGAGAGAGCACCUCAAUGAGUUGGAGUCUAUGGAGAACUAUUACAAAGAUCAGUUUUCCAUGCUGGCAGAAGCUUUAUCUCAAGAACGCCAAGAAAUCCAAACCAGAGAGAAAGCACAAGCACAAAUGCUACAGAAAACAAAGAGAGAACUGAGAUCAAGGAUGGAGAAGGAAAUACAGCAGCUGCAAGCAGCAAUAAUGCAAAGUGAUGACGACACCUUCUUUCAAGAGCUAGAAGCAGACAGACUGAAAUCUAGACUUCAGAUGGCUUCCUUUCAGUACAGCAAAAGCCAUUUCUUGUGAGACUCCUGGUAAAUAUCACUGAGAUGAUGAGAACCGGAGCUGCUGGAACAGGAAGAUGGUGCACGACUGGUCUUCUCCAAAGUACCUGCUCUGUCAUUUUGACGUGACAGGCGUAGCUGCUGGGAUCUGGGAUCUCUGCAGCACUUUUGUGAUCACCAAUGAAGUUUUUAAGCUACUUUCUAUCGAGGCUGAGGUGGCGCUGAGCUCCGCACAGAGGAGCCCGUGUGCUCUAGCGAGGCGAUGGUGCCAAACAGCUGAGAGUCCCCCCGCCGCACUGGAGCUGGAAAGUCCCUGCCAGGACACACACACCGUGACAUGAAACCAGAAGUAAGACCCUUUUCCUUUGACUUAAACAUUUAGCACAAUCCUUCUUGUAGGUAACAGACACCAAAUUUUAAGUAUUUUCUCCUGAAAUAAACUUGAGUUACUUCAAAAC